AUGAACUUGCCUCCCGACAAAGCAAGGCUACUCCGGCAAUAUGACAAUGAGAAGAAAUGGGAGCUGAUCUGUGAUCAGGAAAGAUUUCAAGUCAAGAAUCCCCCUCAUACAUAUAUACAGAAAUUAAAAGGCUAUCUUGAUCCAGCUGUAACUAGGAAGAAAUUUAGGAGAAGAGUUCAAGAAUCUACACAAGUUUUACGGGAACUAGAAAUUUCUCUAAGGACUAAUCACAUUGGGUGGGUCAGGGAAUUUUUGAAUGAAGACAACAAAGGCCUGGAUGUUUUGGUGGAGUAUUUGUCUUUUGCACAGUAUGCAGUCACAUUUGACUUUGAAAGCUUGGAAAAUAAUAUGGAAAACUCAGUGGACAAAUCUAAACCAUGGAGUCGAUCCAUUGAAGAUCUCCAUCGAGGAAGUAACUUACCUUCUCCAAUUGGCAAUAGUAUUUCCUGUUCUAGCAGGCAUUCUGCUCUAAGGUAUAACACCUUACCCAGCAGAAGAACUCUUAAAAAUUCAAGAUUAGUGAGUAAAAAGGAUGAUGUUCAUGUCUGCAUCAUGUGUCUGCGUGCCAUCAUGAAUUACCAGUAUGGCUUCAAUAUGGUCAUGUCACACCCCCAUGCUGUUAAUGAAAUUGCACUAAGUCUGAACAACAAGAAUCCCAGAACAAAGGCUCUGGUCUUAGAACUGCUGGCAGCUGUUUGUCUCGUACGAGGAGGGCACGAAAUCAUUUUGUCUGCCUUCGACAAUUUUAAAGAGGUUUGUGGGGAAAAGCAGCGGUUUGAGAAGUUGAUGGAACAUUUUAGAAACGAAGAUAAUAAUAUAGAUUUCAUGGUGGCGUGCAUGCAGUUCAUCAACAUAGUAGUACACUCAGUAGAAGAUAUGAAUUUCAGAGUUCAUCUCCAGUAUGAAUUUACAAAGCUAGGCCUUGAUGAAUAUCUGGAUAAGCUGAAACACACUGAAAGUGAUAAGCUGCAGGUGCAAAUACAGGCUUACCUGGACAAUGUCUUUGAUGUGGGAGCUUUGCUGGAAGAUGCUGAGACCAAGAAUGCUGCCUUGGAGAGAGUUGAAGAACUGGAAGAAAAUAUAUCUCAUUUAUCAGAAAAACUUCAGGACACAGAAAAUGAAGCUAUGGCAAAGAUUGUGGAACUGGAAAAGCAGCUUAUGCAAAGAAACAAAGAACUGGAUGUUGUUCGAGAAAUUUACAAAGAUGCAAAUACACAAGUUCACACACUAAGAAAAAUGGUCAAAGAAAAAGAGGAAGCCAUUCAGCGGCAGUCAACACUAGAGAAAAAGAUCCAUGAGCUGGAGAAGCAAGGGUCCAUUAAAAUUCAGAAGAAAGGAGAUGGUGACAUCAACAUCCUACCUGUUGGGGUGGCUUCCGGGAUGGCACCAGGAGGAUCAGAAGGUUCAGUUAGCAUUUGUGGAGGGUCUGCCAACACUGGGUCUUCAGUUCCACUUCCACCUCCGCCACCACCUCUGCCACUGAUAGCAGCAGAAUCAGAAACAGUGCAAAAUGGCCCCAUGGCAACACCAAUGCCUCCUCCGCCACCGCCGCCGCCUCCUCCGCCGCCACCGCCACCACCUCUUCCUGGUCCGGCUGCAGAACCAGUGCCAGCUCCCCCCAUCCCACCUCCCCCAUCAGCACCCCCACUUCCAGGGAUGGCCUCUCCUACAGUUGUUUUCAACUCAGGAUUAGCAGCUGUGAAAAUCAAGAAGCCAAUUAAGACAAAGUUCCGCAUGCCAGUAUUUAACUGGGUAGCUCUGAAACCCAACCAGAUCAAUGGGACUGUCUUCAAUGAAAUCGAUGAUGAAAGGAUCUUGGAGGAUUUAAAUGUGGAUGAAUUUGAAGAAAUAUUCAAGACAAAAGCCCAAGGGCCAGCCAUAGACCUUUCUUCAAGCAAGCAAAUAACUCAGAAAGGAUCAAACAAAGUCACGCUUUUAGAGGCAAACCGGGCGAAAAAUCUUGCUAUCACCUUAAGAAAAGCUGGAAAGACUGCUGAUGAAAUAUGUAAAGCUAUUCAAGCAUUUGAUUUGAAGACUCUGCCAGUAGAUUUUGUUGAAUGCCUGAUGAGGUUCCUGCCAACAGAAAAUGAAGUGAAAGUGUUACGGCUUUAUGAGCGGGAAAGGAAGCCUCUUGAGAACCUGUCAGACGAGGAUCGGUUUAUGAUGCACUUCAGCAAAAUAGAGAGACUGAUGCAGAAAAUGACCAUCAUGGCAUUCAUUGGCAACUUUACUGAAAGCAUACAGAUGCUUACACCGCAACUACAUGCAGUCAUUGCAGCAUCUGUCUCCAUAAAGUCCUCUCAGAAGCUCAAAAAAAUCUUAGAGAUAAUCUUGGCUCUGGGUAACUAUAUGAACAGCAGUAAACGAGGAGCUGUCUAUGGAUUUAAACUUCAAAGUUUAGAUCUGCUGUUAGACACAAAAUCAACAGACAGAAAACAAACUCUGCUGCACUAUAUAUCCAAUGUUGUAAGGGAGAAGUAUCAGCAGGUUUCACUUUUCUACAAUGAGCUUCACUAUGUAGAGAAAGCUGCUGCAGUAUCCCUUGAAAAUGUUCUACUAGAUGUAAAGGAACUCCAAAGAGGUCUGGACUUAACCAAGCGGGAGUAUACUAUGCACGAUCAUAAUACCAUGCUGAAGGAAUUCAUUCAGAGCAACGAAGGGAAACUGAAGAAGUUGCAGGAUGAUGCAAAAAUAGCCCAGGAUGCCUUUGAUGAUGCUGUGAAAUAUUUUGGAGAAAAUCCCAAGACAACUCCUCCAUCAGUCUUCUUCCCAGUCUUUGUACGAUUUGUGAAAGCUUACAAGCAAGCAGAAGAGGAGAAUGAACUGAGAAAAAAGCAAGAACAGGCAUUAAUGGAAAAAUUGCUGGAACAGGAAGCAUUGCUGGAGCAACAAGACCAAAAGUCUCCAUCUCAUAAAACUAAGCGACAGCAACAAGAACUGAUUGCAGAGCUAAGACGGCGACAAGUCAAGGACAACAGACAUGUUUAUGAAGGAAAAGAUGGCGCUAUUGAAGAUAUCAUCACAGCCUUAAAGAAGAAUAAUAUCACUAAAUUUCCAAAUGUUCACUCGAGGAUCUUAGAAACCAGCCCUACCGACGAGCCGAUGCGGUGAGGAGAAGCGUCCGGCGGCGGGUUGACGAUCAGAAUCUACGUGCUGUCAAUGGUGCUGAACUGGCCAUGUGAGCCGGAAGGGGAAACCGCCCCUGUGAACGAGCAGAAAGUGCCCUUGAUCGCUUCCUCACCACGCGGACUGUGUUUAUGUUGCCAUUUUAAUUAUGGCCUUGAUCAGAAUACCUUUAACUAGUCUUCUGAAGGGCUCUGUAAGGACUGAAAAUGCAUAGGAAUGCAAACUAAAAAAUUUUAAGCAAAAAAAUGGGCUUGCCAUGCCACUGUAGCUACCAAGUGCCUAAAUUUCAAGGACCUACUCAAAUUAUUCAAAGCAAUAGGACUCUUUUUUGAUUGGGUAACUUUUUACACCAAUAAAAUUUCUUCAGUGUUCUUAACCAAAAUGUAAAAUACAUACUGUAUUUUUUUUUUUUUGCUAUUGUUAAAUACAGUUUAGUAAAUAGCCUUCAGUGGACUUUUUUGAUUUCAUAACAGGUUGUAAAUAGGGAAUAUUCUGAUAAGAGUUACUGUAGAUUUUUUUUCCCAAUGUUUUCAGUACAUUCCUGAACAGUUUGAAGAGUUAACUUUGAGCUUCAGCUGCACUUACUAGCAUUAUAUAGAUGUGUAUGUGUGUGAUUAUAUACAUGUGGGUGUAUAUAUACACAUAUAUACAUGCACGUGUACAUGUAUGCAUGGAGAAGGAGUUUACCAUAUAUAAAGGAGCAGAAGACAUUAAAAUAACUUGGACCCUUUAAGAACAUUUUGUUCGUUUUAAGGCCAAGGGGAAUAUCCAUAAAGCAAAAGUUAAGGGAGAUGUGAAUACAGUUGACAAGAUUUAAAGCUAAUUGGUUUAGCUAGAGAGAUUUCUGCUGUAAAUACAAUGUGGGAAUAAUGUGGGGCUUAGAUUAAAUACACACUUGCCUGCCUUCAAAUUCUACCUAGCACACACCAAUGGGUGGUAAAGCUAGAGCAAGGAGAUAUAGCUGAAGAGGACGGGCACGCUGCAAACGCAGGACUCGGUGAGUGUGUUCUUCCAGUGGUGGCAGCCCUGACCCUAACCUUUGGGGUAACAACGUUAUUUAUUAAUUAGCACUAAGGUAUUAACUUCUCAGUAAUCAGUGUUAGAAUUCAUAAGGAUCACAAACUGUUCAAUUCUCAAAAGGGUGAAAAGAGUGCACUACUAUCAAGGGUGGCGUGACAUUGCAGGAAUGCCUUGGGAUUCUGUGCCAAUGGAAAUUGCAUAGGUCAGUUCCAUUUAUUCUUUGCACCAAUCCAUUUUCAAUGUUUCUGCACUGGAUUGCCUUCAGUUAACAUUCAGGUUACACAAACGGUUGAAUGUAAUGCAGUGCAGCAAGAUACACGUAGAAAAUUCAGACGAGUAAUGCUUACGGAGAUCCUCCUUUUGGAUUGGAAUGCUCACAUUUUAAGCUUUAAACCAGUUUUUAACAUCGUACUUAUCGAUAUUACUUCAAGGUGGGGCCCUUGAAUUUUUUCUCCAAAGUAAAAAACUGGAAGUUAAGAGAAUCAUCUUGCCUGCAUCCUUCCCGUUGCUGGUAGCACUGCAUCAUUCUAUUAAUUGUAAAAUUUAUUGUAUAGUAUUUAACCACUUAAUUCUUUUCCUUUUUUAUAUUGUGCUUCUGUGAACCACUGGUCAAGGCCCCAUAUUCCUUUGAUAAUGUGUAGUUAUAUGAUAAUGUUUUUAAAUGUACAGAUAUUUUGCUACAAAAUUGGUGCUUUUUUAUGGUUUUUACACUUCUCUUUAAUUCCCACUUUAGCCUCGGGUAAUACUGUAAAUAUUGUUUAAAAAUGCAUCAACCUGUGCUAUACAAUCUGAAUGUUCUUAACUUAUAGUUUUGUUUUGUUUUUAUAUUUAACUAAAUGGACAGUCUGGGGCUCAAAAUUGUUUCAUUAACCUUUGCUUGUCUAUUUACAGAAAGUUUAUUUUAAACAACUGCCAACAUGCUGACAGAAUCCAGCAGUGUAUAUUUGACAUGCAAAAGAGAACAUGCCAUGAUUACAUUUUUUUCCCCUAUUAAAGAGGAGCAUUUUUGUUUUGGGUAAAAUCCAGUUUAGCAAUAUAAUUUAAGGUCCCAUAUACAGCUGCAAGAUAAUUCAUAACAUGCUGCGAUAUUUCAAUAUGACUAAGUAGGCUGUAAUAUUGGCAUGUUCUCUUGGAUAUUUUAUCUAGUGAUAGAUCUGCUUCUUAGCAAUAUUAUAGGUGUUUUAUAAAAGCAGUUCAUGUUACUUUUCUGAUCUGUUCAUGGCAUAUGACUGAAUAAACUAUU